AUGGCCACCAACUCGAUGCAUAACUUGACGACGCUCAUUAAGAGGCUCGAAGCUGCCACAUCACGUCUCGAGGAUAUAGCCCAGUCAACAUUCGAACUGCCCCAGGCCGUCCCGGCGCUCCAGCAGACGCUGCCCCCUGCUCCCGUGUCUUCUGCGCCUACUCCUGCUCCUCCAGCUCCGGCACCACCAGCCCCGGCGCCGCCUGCCCCCGUCGCUCCUCCUGAGCCGCUCCCCGAAUCGAUCGAAGAAUUCGACAACUUCAUCAGCCAAUCCGUCGAGAAUUGGGCCAAAAUCAGCAAUGCUAUCGGUGGUCUGGUUGCCGAGCAGGCGGCCAAGGUCGUCCAGGGAUUCAAAGAGCAGCGCAAAUUCCUGCUCAUAACCACGAAAGCCAAGAAGCCCGACAUGUCUGGCGCCGACAUGUCAGUCUUCCAGGAUCUCGUCAAGCCCAUCGGCGACCUCAUGGCCGCCGUCGGUAACAUCAAGGACUCGAACCGAGGCUCGCCGGUCUACGACAACCUAGCCACCGUGGCUGAGAGCAUCCUCGCCUUGGCUUGGGUGACCAUCGACGCGAGGCCGUUUAAGCAUGUCGAGGAGAGCCUCGGGUCCGCCCAGUUCUUUGGCAACAAGAUCCUCACGGCGAACAAGAACAAGGAUGACCGGCAGGUUGAAUGGGUGAAAGCUUACUACCAGAUCUUCCGCGAUCUCGCCGACUAUGUGAAAAACUACUUCCCCAACGGCAUCCCGUGGAAUCCCAAGGGGCAGCCCGCGGCCGAGGUAGCCAAGGCCCUGUCUUCUGCCGCGUCAACCACACCGGCCCCCGCUUCUGGCGGCGCGCCCCCUCCUCCUCCGCCCCCUCCGCCUGGCCCGCCUCCGGUCCUCAAGAUCAACGAGCAAAAGCCCGAGCCCGGUCCCGCCGCGGGCUUCAACGCCGUCUUUGCGGAGCUCAACAAGGGCGAGGCAGUCACCAAAGGGCUCAGAAAAGUCGACAAGUCCGAAAUGACGCACAAGAACCCGUCCCUACGCGCGGGCUCCACCGUCCCCGAGAACUCGAGCGCCGUCCGCGGAAAGAGCCCCGCGCCAGGCAAGAAGCCCAAGCCUGAAAGCAUGCGGGUCAAGAAGCCGCCCAAGAAGGAGCUCGAGGGAAACAAGUGGACAAUCGAAAACUUUGACUCCCCCACCUCCCCCCUCGAAAUCGACGUCUCCCUCUCCCACUCCCUCCUCAUCUCCAAAUGCACCAACACAACCAUCAUCCUCAAAGGCAAAGCCAACGCCGUGACGGUCGAAAACACCUCCCGCUUGUCGCUCGUCGUCGAUUCGCUGGUGUCGACAGUCGACGUGGUCAAGAGCGCGAAUUUUGCCCUGCAGGUCCUGGGCACCAUCCCCACGGUGCUCAUGGACCAGGUCGAUGGCGCGCAGGUCUAUCUUUCCAAGGAGAGCUCUGCCACGCGCGUCUUUUCGAGCAAGUCGGCGGGGAUUAACCUUAAUGUGAUAGCUGGUGAGGAUGGUGAUUACAAGGAGAUUGCGCUACCGGGGCAGAUUUGUUCGUGGUUUGAUGAGGAGAAGGGGGAUGUGGUUAAUGAGAUUGUUUCGCAUGCCGGUUGA